AAGCCGCCAAAUUUCAGGCGCUCGGCUCAAAAACCCACCACAGGCACGAUGUUGACUCUGCAAUAUUUAUAGGCCCAGGCCAGAAUAUGAACAAUCAUGCAAGCAACCAUUGUGAUCAACCACUGCUGGCUGUGGGUUGCGUUGCCCUGAGGUGCGAAGGUGCUUUGUUCCGUUGCCAACCAACCAUGCCCUGGUUGGAGAUCUGACCUAUCGCAAGUUUGGCUUGGUCCACGCUGGGACCCUGAGGUCCACUGGUGCACAAGCGCAACUCCAGAUACAUGGAGCAUCUUCUCAAAAGAACAAACUGGAGCAACAAUAGAUUGACCCCUCCCAGGACAAACCACUAUGCCAACCCUUCCUCCUUUCCACCGAAUCGUCCUUUUUAAAAAACUCUGAAUGGCUACCUCGGGGAACGUGUUAUUCGACCAAAAAAGCUCCGUUUCUUUCUUUCAUCUACUCUACUAGCAUCGGGAAUCUGGUUCACGUAUUCUGCAGUGAAUUCCCUGUUUGGGCUAAUUGCUUCCUGCAAACUUCCACUGGUCCGUACCUUGUCUGGAAACACAAAAUUCUGAAUCCUGCUCUCUGGUAAAAGGAGAAUCAUUCAUCGAAUUUGGCAUCAUGAAAUUUGGACGGAAGUACGUAUAGUUGGACCUUCUCUGCUACAAAGAAGCCAUGCAAACGAGAUACAUGACUAACAUCGUCGUUGCAGUUUACCUCGAAACCAGGUGCCAGAAUGGUCCUCCUCCUAUAUCAACUACAAGGGAUUGAAGAAACUCAUCAAAGCCGCUGCUGCCACCUAUAAGCUGGGCCAAGAUGUGGACCUGACUGGUGAGCAAAUACCAGCACAAACUAUAUGAGUUGGACUAAUGUAACAAUGAAUCAGGAGUACUGUUUUCUCUAGACCGAAAUCUCGAAGACGUCGACGUAUUCUACAACAAGAAGUUCGCAGAUGCCUCUCGACGAUUGAAACUUUUGCAAGAGCGUCAUGGCUCCUUGGAACAAAGUCUGGCAGAAUUGGACCGAAACGAAAUCGAAGAACUUAUGGGGGCCUUGUUAGAGCUUCGGGGCCAACUAAGAAAAUUACAAUGGUUUGGCGAAGUCAAUAGACGGGGCUUCGUGAAGAUUACUAAGAAGUUAGACAAGAAACUCCCGAAUGUCUGCGCCCAGCACAAAUACGUAACCACUAAGGUGGAUCCAAAAGCUUUCGCAACAAAUAAUGCUCUGGGUCGGAGUAUGAAGCAAAUAAACGACUGGCUAGAGAUAUUGGGGGAGGCCAAGGGUAAGGACGACGCUGCCGCCGUAACGGUCCCGGCUGUCCACUCAAUUAAGCGUGUCUCAUCGCGCUCUAUCGUCAAUCUUACCAAUGGUCUUCUGGACACGGUAGACCAAGCAAUUAGACACGACGAUACUCCUACUCUGGGGGAGGCUCUCGCAAAGUCUAACCUGGAGACCGGCGAUCCUGGUUUACAGAAACUGCUCGUCAAUCUACUUCAGAGAGCGAUCUCUUGCCGUUCAAAGAAGUCUAUCGAUUACUUAUUGAAAGAUCUCAUCACACUGGAGGAAAAAGACGACAUCAAUCAGCGCAACAUCCUGCAUCGCCUGGUUAUUUCCAUAGGUCGCACCAAAUCCGCUACUCCAAUCACCCAAGAAAAACGGGCUGACUCGGAACAUAUGCGCUUUCUGACUGCUGCAGCAUCUCCCCCACUUGGUCCGGAGCGCCAUCAGGUGGAGGAAUCUGCGUUGCUUGACAUUGAAGACCCAUCGGUCGAUAUUCUCGUGCACAUUCUCGACAGACUACUACCUGCUCAGCGAGUCUCCCUGGCUACCAAGGACAACUAUGGGCGUUUCCCUCUACAUUAUGCAGCACAAUUCGGCUUCGUCGUUUUGUGUGAAUUGGUAAUGAAAUACAUGCAAGAUUGGGGCCAGUUCAAUGUAGAAAAUGGAAUUGAUGCUCCGGGGUGGCAGGACAAUGAAGGACUCGCUCCUCUGCAUCUCAGCGUCAUUGCUGGCCAUCGUCUUACAACUGCUGCUCUUCUCAAAGCAGAGAACUGGCAAGGCCUUAGCGACCAGAAAGCAGCGAUGAGAAGAGACAUAUCCAAAUCUAGCGCCGUUCUGGCUCUCGCCACAAAAUCUAAUUUCACCCAUAUUGUGAAGCUACUUGUUGAUGCCGGGGUCGAUAUCAACUGGCAGGAUUCCACUGGCGAAACUGCCCUGCAUGUUGCUGCUCGUUUUGGGCAUGAUGAAUGUGCGAAAACUUUGUUACAAGGCACCUCUUACCAAAAGGCUGAUGUUGAGCUGGCAGAGAAUUCUUUCUCUUGGACGCCGUUACACGUUGCGGCCGUUGACGGGCAUUUGUCGAUAGUGGAGCUUCUCAUUGCAGUUGGGGCUGAUAUCAAGAAACCUGACGCAUCUGGAUGGACCGCUAGAGAGCAUGCUGCCUUGAGAGGUCACCUCAUCAUUGCCGAAAAGUUGUUGCAAGCUUGGCUAGAAAACUCGAGCACUGGAUCCGAGGACUCAAUCAUGAUGGGUAAACUCUCAACCCCUGCUAUUUCAUCAUUAGAUGCCCUACGUUCGCAAAGCUCGAACAGUGUUCCAAAGGCCACAGAGCCAGUCAAAUCGUUUGGUCAUCGUUAUCUCACUAAUGAAAGCAUGGUUCUUGUCAGCCUGGGGUCUAUGGAUAUGAGAAAAGCUGUUCCUGCCGUUAAGCUUGAUCGAAUACCUAUAGCUGAGGCACAUUCCACACAGCUAGACACUGCAUUGUCUGUUGUGGUAACUGCUAGCGGAGCACAAGGUGAACCGACAAUCAUCGACCUUCCAGUUCAGGAAAGCAUAUCCACGGAGCCCAUGGUUUUCUCCACGACUGACGUAUCGAAAGUCAAGCUAUACUUUGAUAUUAUUCCAACUUACGCAGGAAGUGAGAAAUACAAAGUCGGACGUGGAGUUGCCAUUCUGUCAAGUAUCAAGCAGGCAAUUGGCUUGAAGCGAAUGAACUUGCAGGGAGACGUGAGCGUUCCAAUCAUGGAUACUAAUCUUGAGGUAAUUGGUUCUGUGAACUUCAACUUUCUUGUUAUCACGCCAUUCUCGCACCCAAAUAUGGGAGUUACAGCCAAGCAAACGUAUUGGAAGGAAAUGACCUCGACCAUGGUUAUAGGCCAUCGAGGUCUUGGGAAAAACAUUACUUCAAACAAGUCGUUACAACUUGGUGAAAACACACUGCAGUCGUUCAUUGCGGCCGCAAACCUGGGUGCCAAUUACGUUGAAUUCGAUGUUCAGCUCACCAAGGAUCACGUCCCGGUCAUCUACCAUGAUUUCUUGGUCAGCGAAACAGGAAUCGAUGCACCAGUUCAUACGUUGACCCUUGAACAAUUCCUCCACGUUAACGACAAUACUCCGCGGCCGUCUCGUCCUCCAAGCCCGCCAAAGGACACUUCGCAAAAAGGAAACUCUCAGGUGCAAAUUGUCCGAGGUAUGGAUCGUCAGCGAUCGUUAUCUCUAGGCCAUCUAUUGCCAGAUUCCGAAAUGGAAGAGCGAAUGAAACAUACACGUGACUUUAAACAAAAGGGCUACAAAGCCAACUCGCGCGGGAAUUUUAUCCAGGCACCUUUUACCACGCUCGAAGAAAUGUUCCUCAAACUUCCAGAAAAUGUCGGAUUCAAUGUUGAGAUGAAAUACCCAAUGUUACAUGAGUCUGAAGAGCAAGAAAUGGAUACCUAUGCUGUGGAACUUAACAGCUUUGUAGACACUGUUCUUACCAAAGUUUACGACUUGGGCAAGAAGCGGAAGAUUAUCUUCAGCAGCUUCAAUCCAGAUAUAUGUUUGCUUUUGAGUUUCAAGCAACCAAAUAUUCCAGUACUCUUCUUGACGGAUGCGGGGUGUUGCGAGGUGGGCGACAUUCGAGCCAGUAGUCUCCAGGAAGCUAUUCGCUUUGCCAGCCGUUGGAAUCUCCUGGGCAUUGUCAGUGCGGCUGAACCGUUGUGCAACAGCCCAAGACUUGUUAGGGUUGUGAAGGAGAGUGGCUUGGUGUGUGUAAGCUACGGUACUCUCAACAACGACCCUGUGAAAGUUCAGGUAAGUCCACGUCACAAUAGUGUUGUUGAAUUUUACUAACAUAUGAGCAGGAGCAAGUCAAUGAGGGUAUUGAUGCCGUCAUCGUUGAUAGUGUUCUAAAGAUUCGAAAUGGUCUCACUAAAAAUACGAAGCCAGUUGACGUCUUGGCACGCCCUGGGCCAAAUCUCAAGGAAUUCAAUAUCAAUGGGAUGAGUGAAACCAAGGAAGCACUUGCAGUCUGAAUUGGGAUUUGGGAACGAAACUUCUGUAACAUGGUGUGGUGUUGUUUUCCACAUCUUUGCGUUGGCCGAAGAAAAGCAUAUUAGUAACCAAUGACCAUUGCAUUUGAGGAAUAUUUAGAAAGGUUAAUCGCGGAGGCUGGACUUUUAGGUGUUAUGGUGUUAGGGGGAUAGAGGGUUAGACCACCUUCAGGCGAUCCGGGAGGAUAGUUCGAUAGACCUUCCUAUUCUCAUCGCGCGGGAGGAUAGCAGUACAGGCUAGCUUUACCUAGGUGUUUGGUAGCGGCUUCUUUUUAUUCUUCGGGCUCGGGUAGCCCGCAUGCUGAUAUCUCCUUCUUUUUUCUACCUUGUUAGAUAGGUAGCUUCUACAUCCUAUUUCCGUACGUGGCGGGGAUGAUGGAUUGAGUUCCUCGUUUUUCCUUUCUGUCUUUUUCCCCCUUGAUAAGUCUUGAUGGCUGAUUUGAGCCGGCCAAACCUCCCCUUCCCUCUGUUGGUGUAUUUGUUGGAUUUGAAUGGUUACUAACUUUGUCGUGGCGUAGGUAAUUCUAACAGUAGGUUAGGUAUUUGAGAUGCGAUGGACCAUCUCGGUCCUUUGUUUACCAAGGUAAUGCGUGAUGUCGGCUAAUCUGUUCAGAUAUGCUUGUGGUGAUUCGUUUGAUGUACUAAGCUGUAGGAUUUCGAUUGUUCCCCCUGAUCCAAUGCAAGGAUUCGUUGGGAACUGCUUGGUUCAAGCCAAGGUAGGCAGUUCUCUUGCGAAGAUUUUCCGAUUUCACUAUCCAGCCAUUUCACACAAACACAACUUGAUCGCCUUUUGGCUUGCAGGUCUCACUUUCCU